AAUAGAUCGGACGCUAGCAUUUCAAUUUGGUGGAAACAUGACUGAAAUGGCGAAAACCAAAACAACCCCACGGAAACCACUCUGUCCAAUGUGCAGAACGUUGAUUCCAGCUAAAGAGAGGUUCGAGGAUCACUUGGUCAAGUGCGCCAUGACUAAGGAGAAUGUGAUCUGUUGGUUGUGUGAUAAGGUGUUUAAGAAGCAGGAUUAUUUGCAAAAACACCUUAAGAUUCAGCACGGCAUCGAUAAGAAGGCCGAUAAGAAGAAGUCGGAGGAUGCAAUGAGUACCUGCAGUAUUGGAGAUGAUCCAUGUGUAGAAUUGGAUUUCACUAAGGAGAAUGAGGAACGGUUUGAUGCAAAUGAUCAAAACAUGAGUGUUGGAAAUAAGGAAGUUGCGUUGAAGGAGUUGGAUGAGAAUGCUAAUUUGGUCCUGAAAAUGCCAAUGCCGUUACCGCGCACAGUGAUUGACGAAGAUGGCUUAGAAGCAGCGCCUACGAAGAGAAAGGCCACGUCACCAUUGCCUCCAGGGAUCAAGAAAAGGGUAGAGACUGUUAACAGUGAAAGUUUGAAGAAGAAGUGUGAGAUAAUCAUCAAACAGGACAUGACUGAGCUAAGUAAGAGGCAUAGCGUUACGGUUAAAGAGGAUGGGGAGGACGUAUUCGCAAACUCAGUUUUCAUAUUGGCCAGUACCUUCGAGCCAGAAACAUCUGCCCGUCUAGUUUGCGGAUUGAGCUCGGCGAUAAUGGACGUGUUAGGUGUGUAUUCGAUAUGGAGUGAUCUUCAAACUUCGUACUUUCAUAGGGAUACGAGCCCCUCAUUAUACUAUGACAAUGUUGAACCCUACUGAAGCGGAUUGUUGUGGUUUUUUUUUAAUUAGAUGUAUGUAUUGAAAGUCAAGUUUUAACACGGUGGGAAAACAUUUAAAAAUAGUUCUGUAAUUGUUUCGUUUGAUUUUUUUAUGAUGUUGUUUGUUUUGUUUUUGAUUAUGUUUAUGGUCUCGAUU